AUGGAGCUAGCUAACCAGUUUAGACGCGCCUACAGCACCGCUUCAGGCCCAGACCUCGCUGCAGUCCUGACGCCAAUUGCGACCCCAAACAACCCACAUCGGCUGCACUCCUUCUACCAGUUCACAAAUAUCCAAUACCUCAACAAAGACCUCCAUACCAACCUAUUCCAUGGCAAGAGCCCGAAAGUGCCAAAACCCGAACAGAAUGCGUGGGUCGACAUCUUUGCGGCGUACUGGGAAGCAGUGGGGGAGGUGCUGAAGUGUGAGGACCGACACCCUGGAUCCAGUGCCGUCGCAAUCUUCACUGCCUGGAAGAAGCUUGCCAAUGCCCUUAUCAGAGGGUAUUCGGGCUCUUCUGGCCUCCCUGCCUGGACGCUGCCGUGCUUGUACACAGUCGGCAAAUUCCUGCGCACCUUUGCGAUCAAAGCCGAUGUCGAAGCAGCGUCGCAGGAUUCGUCGGGCUUCGGCUUCCAGGAUGAUCUUUCGGUGGAGGUUGAGAAGAAUGCAAACUUGGAGGAGGCGGCGCGAAUUAUGAAUCGAAUGUUUACUCUUUGUCUUAGCGACCGGGCGCCCAUCGAGGAAUCCCGCAAGUGGGGCAUCUAUGAAACUACCAAUCUGCUGUUCAAGACCUAUUUUAAGAUCAACUCCGUUGGCCUGACAAAGAACCUCCUCCGUGCCCUCAAUGCUCAAUCUGAUGACCUGCCGCCUCUUGAAGCGUUUCCAAAGUCUCAUAUCGUCACAUUUGAGUACUAUGUCGGAGUCAUACACUUUUUGGAUGAAAACUAUGCAGAGGCUGAGAAGCACCUGUCUACUGCGUGGAGGUUGUGCCAUCGUGGGGCCUUUAAGAACCGAGAGUUGAUUCUCACAUACCUUAUUCCCUGCCACUUGGUCACGAACCAUCACCUCCCCCGAAAAGAACUUCUCGCGCCCUUCCCACGGUUAGAGCAACUAUUCGGUUCUUUGUCGAACUGCAUUCGCAAGGGCGACCUUGUGGGCUUCGACCAGGCUAUGUCUGCGGGCGAGGCAGAGUUCGUCAAGAGGCGCAUCUACCUUCCGCUCGAGCGAGGGCGCGAUAUUGCGUUGCGCAACCUGUUUCGCAAAGUCUUCAUUGCUGGUGGGUUUGAAGAGGCCAAAGAUGGCCAGCCGCCUAUUCGGCGGACCCGUGUUCCCGUGGCUGAGUUUGCGGCUGCCCUGAGGAUUGGUACACAUGCGACAGGCCGGACACGGGUGGAUACUGAUGAGGUCGAGUGCUUGUUAGCCAAUCUCGUGUACAAGGGUCUCAUGAAGGGUUAUAUCGCGCGAGAACGAGGCAUAGUCGUUUUGAGCAAGAAUAACACCGCCUUCCCCGGCACCGGCGUAUAG